CUACCCUUUUUAAUUCCCACUAAUUAAUCAAAAUUAACUUCUUAACAAAAAGUUGAAAAAUCUUCACCUAAAUCUUCCUUUUAUAUACUCACAAACUACCCCCAACUGCCCCUUUCCAGACACAUUUCAAGCCUCCCAUAACAACUUUUAUUUUAUUGUUAUACACACUUCAAUUUAUUUGUAGCCCUUUUUCUUUAUUCCAAACUUCGUCUGGAUUUAUACUGGGUUUUCCGUUUUUGUUUUUCAAAACUCGAUAUUAUCAACCAAUUUCAACUUCGAAAAAAUCAGUUUUCUUUUCUUUAAUCAUGGAUUGGUAUUCAUGGUUAUUAAAAACAGGAUUAGAGUCCUCGAUUGUGUAUGAAUAUGGGUUAGCAUUUUCCCAGAACGAGCUAGAAGAAGACGAUAUCUCCUACUUCAACCACGAAUUUCUUCAGAGUAUGGGUAUUUCAAUCGCCAAACACCGCCUCGAAAUCCUCAAGCUUGCAAGAACAGAGCAAACUCAAACCCAAACCCAAACCCAAACCCGAACCCGAACCCAGAAGCAUCUUAUAGCAAAACUACUCCUAGUUUUGAAAAAGACGAAAAAGUCCUUGGCGAAUUACAUGGCAACAUUGGUGCACAGGGAUAACAAUGGAAGAGCACUAAUUGUUUUAUCGAACAAGAAGAAGAAGAAGAUGAUGAUGAUCAAAGGUAAUCAUAACAAUAAUGGUGGGAUUAGUUAUAGUUCAAGAUGGAAGAGGUCAAUGAUGAUUAGAAGUAAUAGCAAGAGAUUUGGGAUGGUUAAUAAUAAUUAUUAUCAAGAUAGAUUAAUGCUCACUAAUGGUGAUUAUUUGGGUGAUCAUUAUAAUAAUAAUAUUAAUGAUAAUGAUGAGGGUGAGGGUGAGGGUGAGGGUGAGGGUGAGAAUGAUUCAGUGGUUGUGUCCACACCUAAGCUUGAGAGUUACUCAAGCCCUUUGAUGUAUGAUAAUCUUCAUCAGAAUCAGAAUAAGGAGGAUAAAGUUGCUGUUGAUGAUCAUCAAGAGGAUCAUGAUGAGUAUUGGACUCCUGCUCUUGAAGAAAUCAGGUGGGAUGCUAUGUUUCAUGAUUUAAAACCCACUUAAUUUUUUAUGAUUUUUUUUUUUUUUUUUUUAAUUUUUUUUUUUGCUUUUGAAUGUUGAGAGAUGAUAGAUUUUGAUUAUUUUUUUAAUAUAUGGGAAAAAAUAAAUUAAUAAUCAACUCUAUGGAUGGAUUUUAGUAAUAAGAUAUAGUAUAGAAUUGUAGAUGCUUUAGAUGUGAAUGUAAUAUUUGUAUUUGUGUAUCUAGACAUAAUUAUCAGUUUAGAAAAGUACUCUAUAUGAUUUUAUCUUGAA